AUGGAUGACAAGCCAUCUAGUGACUACAACUCAUGUAAACAAAAGGAUAGGGAGACAUAUCCGUCAUUGCCUUGCAAAGACAAAGAAUUCCACGCCAUCCUUGAUACAAUGAUUGCUGACGGUGCAAUCAAACCUCUCAGACCUUACAAAGUCCUUACCAGAGAGGAGAAGAAUGAUCCUAUAUACUGCUGUUAUCAUCAAUUUGUAAGGCAUCCAACCACUGCUGAUCAAAACGAAGGGGAAAAGAGGUAG